CUGCCUCUGCCGGUGCAUGCAUCUAGCAGCUAAUGUCCUGCUAGCGAUAACGCUGAUCAGAGCUUCUUCUUCUUCUUUUUUUUACAAAGUUGUCAUUGUCGAAUAGCCUAUAAAUGCCUUUUAAGCAGUGAAUAAGACGCUGGUAUGUUUAAAGAGAUGUUUUUCACCGGAAUAGCACCAGAAGAGGAGUAUAAACCUGCGUAAUUCCACCCGGAAGUGUUGUAUAAGCCAAAAGCACACUCAAUUACAAUGAGUGCCAAAUACGGCCUAGUGGGGUACAACAAUACACGGAAGCCCAUUUCCAUAUCCAUGCCAUCAUCCACAGAGGUGAUGUCCCCUCAUAUAAAGUCUUUAGAGGAACUGAAGGUUCUGGGAAUCAACCUCAGCAGCUUCAGCACGCCCAAGCAGUUCUUCAUCUGUGUGGCUGGGGUGUUUGUCUUCUACCUCGUGUAUGGAUAUCUUCAGGAGCUGAUAUUUGCUGUAGAGGGUUUCAAGCCCUUUGGUUGGUACCUCACUCUGAUCCAGUUCGGUUUUUACUCCAUGUUUGGACUCGUGGAGCUUCAGCUCACGUCGGAUAAACGCAGAAGGAUACCAGGAAAGACAUAUAUGAUCAUCGCGUUUCUAACAGUGGGCACCAUGGGCCUGUCCAACACCUCUCUGGGCUACUUGAACUACCCGACACAGGUCAUCUUUAAGUGCUGUAAACUCAUUCCUGUCAUGAUUGGAGGAGUAUUUAUUCAAGGUAAACGUUAUAAUGUUGCUGACGUGUCUGCUGCUGCAUGCAUGAGUCUUGGACUCAUCUGGUUCACGCUCGCCGACAGCAAAGUAGCCCCCAACUUUAACGUAACAGGUGUUGUCCUCAUAUCCAUGGCACUGUGUGCAGAUGCUGCUAUUGGAAACGUGCAGGAGAAAGCCAUGAAACUUCAUAAUGGCUCCAAUUCUGAAAUGGUGCUGUACUCAUACUCUAUCGGCUUUGUCUACAUAUUGAUGGGGCUUCUGUGUGUGGGCGGGCUGGGACCAGCAGCGGCUUUCUGCUCUGAGCACCCUGUGAAGACAUACGGUUAUGCGUUCUUCUUCUCUCUUACGGGCUAUUUCGGCAUAUCCUUUGUGCUGGCCUUGAUUAAGCUGUUUGGUGCGCUGGUUGCAGUCACGGUGACCACAGGGAGGAAGGCUAUGACGGUCAUUCUCUCCUUCAUGUUCUUCACCAAGCCCUUCACUUUUCAGUACAUCUGGGGCGGCCUUCUGGUGGUCUUUGGCAUCUUCUUGAAUGUUUACAGUAAAAACCGAGACAAAAUGCGGUUUCCCUCUAUCACGGACCUCAGGAGUUUGCUGCUGACUGGGAAGAAAGUCCGACUUUCCUCACAAAACGUGUGAGAUGCACCAAUCACACGAACUACAAUGACUGUAUCUUGUCUCGACCAGAAGACCUCUGGUAAAGCUUGAAAGCUGCAUCAUAAACAGAGGGUUCUGUUGCUAAAAAAAACAGGGGUAUGAGUGGCAAAUAGGCAAGUUUUUGAACGUACCGCAAAACAUUUCCAACUUGGACAACAACACUGAAGACUCUCGAAAUGUAAGUGAGCGUCUUAGCUGACCAAAUUGUGCACUAUUGCACUGGAAAUGUGAGGAAGCUGAAAGGAAAGAAGUGAUUGCUCACAACCUCAACAAAAGUACGUUCUAUAAGGAUUCGUUGAAAGACUGACGAGCCACCGCUUGUGCCGGAGAGACUAGAAGCUUAAGUGUUCUUUAUUAUGAAGAAUCAGCACUUGAUGGUCUCACUCAAUGGGAUACUUUGGAGAACUCAACUGCCACAAUCUGCCUAACAUGUGUUUAAAUGAAGGUAAACACAUUUUUCUAAAAUAAAAUUACCCAAACCUGUUUAAUUGAUACAAAAA